AUGGAUAGUAUAUACAGCUAUCUUCGAGAGGUGAUCCUCUCAAUCCAACAGCUCUCCAUGUUAGAGAUUACACUCUACGCUUCCGUGAUCUUGGGAGCGUAUGUGCUUCUUGUCCGUUCACUUCGCUUCCGUCGUAUCAGACAGCUCGAGGCACACUACAACUACGAUACGCAUGCCUCGAUGGCAAAAAUGACAGAUCAAGAAGCAUGGGAGAUUCAACGAGCAAUGGCUCAGCUCGAGUUUCCAUUCACCGUGGAAAAGAGUCUCCAAUUUGCACUUUUUCGCACAUACGGAAUCCCGACGAUCUCCAAAACUUUGAUGAAAACUAAGCAGUUUUCUAAUAGUCUCAACUCUGGCAAACGCUAUGUUGACACAUGCGUCCUGAUUGGCGAAUUCAUCGUCCACAGCCCAGCAUCAGUGCGUUCUCGUUUGGGACUCUCUCGGACAAAGUAUCUGCAUCAAGGGUAUCGUAAUUCGGGCUCCGUCCGUGAAGAAGACAUGCUCUACACACUGUCCCUGUUUGCAACAGAACCCAUCCGCUUCAUAAACUUGUACGAAUGGCGUACAGCCACUGAACUGGAACGGUGUGCCAUGGGCGUGUUUUGGAAAUCUGUCGGAGAUGCUCUGGGUAUUGACUAUUCUGCUUUCCUCCCAUCCGCCAAAGCCGCCGCGAUGGCUGCCGAAGAAGGGAACGCUGCUAGUGGCACUGUCAAUGGCUUCAUAGAUGGAAUCCACUGGCUCGAUGAAAUCACUGCCUGGGCACAAGAAUAUGAAAAGAAGGCCAUGGUCCCCGCCCAAACAAACCGAGACACUGCCGACCAGACAACAGCCAUCCUCACCUAUGCCCUCCCACGUCCAUUCAAGUUCCUAGGCAACUGGUUCGUCUCUUCUAUGAUGGAUGACCGUCUUCGUCACGCAAUGAUUUACCCUUGUGCCCCCUAUAUCGCAGAGAAGAUGAUCUCUCUCGCUUUCGAAACACGCAAGUUCUUCAUACGCAAUCUGUGCCUUCCUCGGCCUGAGUUUAUGCGUCAUGUCUCCUUCACCGAGAAACCGGAUCGUCAAACUGGUUCUUAUCAUGUCACACAUUGGACGGCAGAGCCGUUCUAUGUCAAACCUACUUUGUGGAAUAGAUGGUUGAGUCCAGCUGCUAUCAUAUCGCGUAUCUUGGGGUACCCUGUGCCUGGUAGUCAGGGGGAUAAGUACCAUCCUCAGGGCUAUGACUUGGGUGACAUGGGCCCGCAAAAGUUCGAAGGUAAGGGCAAGGACUAUGUGGAACGUGAGAUGAAGACUUUGGAGAAAGAGCGAAGGGGGCAGUGUCCUUUUUUCUAG